UCUCCUGUUCGAAGAACAGAGGCGGAAGAGGCAGCUCCUCCUUUUGCUAGUCUCCUGCCCAGGAGAGGAGACAGGAAGUGGAUGCGGAGAAGGAAGCGCGUCCGAAUUUUCUAAGGUGCUUCUUUAGCCGAGCCUCCUUCCCCCCCCUCUUCUCCCCGGUUCCUGCUGCCGCGUGGAGGGGGGAAACGCAGCCUGCGAAGGAACAGGUAAAGGGGCAGGAGAAGGAAAGUAUCUUAUCUGGGGCUGCAAUACAGAGAAGGCGGGAGACGUAAGAGGGGAUCCAUGAGAUGGCCACAGAUGACAAGGCAUCUCCGACACUGGACUCUGCAAAUGACCUGCCCUUUUCUCCUGGUAGUCCCUCUCAUCUUACACACUUCAAACCUUUGACUCCUGACCAGGAUGAACCUCCUUUUAAAUCUGCCUACAGUUCUUUUGUAAAUCUUUUUCGUUUCAAUAAAGAUGAUGGUAGACUUGCUUCCUCUGUGGAGAGAGCAGAGACUGGGCAGGGGGACCAGCGGACACUGAGUGCAAACUGGUCAAGUGCACAACAUACCUUGAGGGCACAGUCAUUACGGUCACACGUACCUUACAGAAAACAGGCUUCUGGGGAAAGAAGAUGUUCCACAUCACUAGCUUCAGAAAAUCGAAGAAAAGAACCUUCACUCAGUGGUCAUGAUCCUCGGACAGCCGUUCAGCUUAGAAGUCUCAGUACAGUCUUGAAACGCCUCAAAGAAAUAAUGGAAGGAAAAAGCCAGGACAGUGAUCUGAAGCAGUACUGGAUGCCGGACAGCCAGUGUAAGGAAUGCUAUGAUUGCAGUGAGAAAUUCACCACCUUCCGACGAAGACACCAUUGCCGGCUAUGCGGGCAGAUUUUCUGCAGCCGAUGCUGCAACCAGGAAAUCCCUGGGAAAUUCAUGGGUUACACAGGUGAUCUCCGAGCUUGCACUUACUGUCGUAAAAUAGCUUUAAGCUAUGCACACUCCACAGACAGUAACUCCAUUGGCGAAGACUUGAGUGCCCUGUCUGAUUCUCCCAGCUGUGUGUCAGUGCUGGAUCCUGGGGAACCGCGGACUCCUGUUGGCAGCCGAAAAGCUAGCCGCAACAUCUUCCUUGAAGAAGACCUUACCUGGCAAUGCUUGAUUCAUCCCGACCCUUCAUCUACCACUCUGUCAACACGCCUUGGAUCAGUUCAGGAGGAAACAGGGAAGUCUCCUGCUCGAAACAGAUCAGCAAGCGUUACUAACCUGUCCCUGGAUCGGUCUGGAUCUCCCAUGGUGCCUUCCUAUGAAGCAUCUGUUAGUCCGCAAGCUAAUCGCACUUAUGUGAAGGAAACCAAUGAAGACGAGCGCAAAAUUCUUUUGGACUCAGUCCAGUUAAAGGACCUGUGGAAGAAAAUAUGCCACCACAACAGUGGGAUGGAGUUUCAAGAUCACCGUUAUUGGCUGAGAACACAUCCCAACUGCAUUGUGGGAAAGGAAUUGGUCAACUGGCUCAUGAGGAAUGGCCACAUUACCACCAGAGCUCAAGCUAUUGCAAUAGGACAGGCACUAGUAGAUGGCCGUUGGCUGGAUUGCGUUAGUCACCAUGAUCAGAUUUUCAGAGAUGAGUAUGCACUCUACAGGCCACUACAGAGCACAGAAUUCUCUGAAACCCCUUCUCCAGACAGUGAUUCUGUAAACUCUGUGGAGGGCCAUUCCGAACCGUCAUGGUUCAAAGACAUCAAGUUUGAUGACAGUGACACGGAGCAAAUCGCAGAAGAAGGAGAUGAUAACUUGACCAAUUCUGCCAGCCCUAGCAAGCGUACCUCAGUCAGCAGCUUCCAGUCUGCCAUGGACAGCGACUCAGCUGCUUCCAUCAGCCUGAACGUGGAGCUCGACAACGUGAACUUCCAUAUCAAGAAGCACUCCAAGUACCCACAUGUGCCCCCUCACCCUGCCGACCAAAAAGAGUAUUUGAUUGCCGACAGCGGAGGGCAACAGAUGAUCUCAAUAAGUGACGCUUUCAUCAAAGAGUCCCUGUUCAAUCGGAGAGUUGAAGAAAAAUCCAAAGAGUUGUUUUUCACACCUUUGGGCUGGCACCACAACAAUCUGGAUCUUCUAAGAGAAGAGAAUGGGGAAAAACAAGCCAUGGAGAGGCUGCUCUCAGCUAAUCACAACCACAUGAUGGCGCUGCUCCAGCAGUUGCUGUACAGAGAAUCAUUGUCCCUCUCUUGGAGAGAUAUCAUUGUGCCUGUUGUCUGCCAAGUGGUUCAGACUGUCCGACCCGACGUCAAGAAUAGGGAUGAUGAUAUGGAUAUCCGCCAACUGGUCCAUGUCAAAAAAAUCCCAGGUGGGAAAAAAUUUGACUCAGUAGUGGUGAAUGGCUUUGUAUGCACCAAGAACAUAGCACAUAAAAAGAUGAACUCCUGUAUUAAAAACCCCAAAAUUCUUCUGCUGAAGUGUUCCAUUGAGUACCUCUAUCGAGAAGAAACGAAGUUUACAUGCAUUGAUCCCAUUGUCCUUCAGGAAAGAGAGUUUUUGAAGAACUACGUUCAGCGGAUAGUGGAUGUCAGACCUACUCUAGUCCUGGUUGAAAAAACGGUGUCCCGUAUUGCCCAGGACAUGCUGCUGGAACAUGGCAUUGCUUUGGUCAUUAAUGUUAAGCCGCAAGUCUUGGAAAGGGUAAGUCGGAUGACUCAGGGAGAUUUAGUUAUGUCUAUGGAUCAGUUGCUGACCAAGCCACACCUGGGAACCUGCCAUAAAUUCUACAUUCAAGUGUUCCAAUUGCCAAAUGAGGAAACAAAAACGUUAAUGUUUUUUGAAGGCACCCCACAGCACCUGGGUUGCACCAUCAAGCUGCGAGGUGCUGGUGAAUAUGAGUUGGCUCGAGUGAAAGAAAUUCUUAUUUUUAUGAUCUGUGUGGCUUACCAUUCCCAGUUGGAGAUCUCCUUCCUUAUGGAUGAGUUUGCUAUGCCCCCAAUGUUGGUCAAAAAUGGCUCCGCUUCUUCUCUUCCUGAAGCACAAGGAGAAGAAAAUGGUCAGCAAGAUCUGAAUAGAGAAAGUGGCCUAGUAGUAAAAGAUGCCGAUGCAGCCUCUGACAAGCUGCCUGUUAUCUCAGAAUCAAUGUAUUCAGAUGAGAUCAGCUUGCUGGACCAACGAACUUUGAGAGAAGAUGAUGGCCAGGACAUCUGUGAGCUACUAGAAGCUCCACCUCAGAAAAGACAAGAACGCCUCCCAGUGGAUUCUUCAUAUGGAACCCCCUUCAUUGCUCCAACAUUGGUGCCAGAACCACUGUUACCCCCCCAGCUGACUGACCAACACCUGGGGAUUUUGGAUAGUGAGCAGCUGGAGAAUCUGAGGGACUUGGAGGACUUCCAGGCUCCCAAAAUUCAGACUCGGGUGUUUAGGGACCCAUUGCAAGAUGACACUGGAUUGUAUGUUACAGAGGAAGUGACCUCCUUGGAAGACCGCCUCAAAACCUUCUCUUUAGCAUUUAAGCAAGAGCUGAAGAAUGUUAUUCUCUGCAUUUCCCCUGUAAUCUUAUUCAGUGAGCCUUUUCUGUUAACAGAGAGAGGCAUGAGAUGUCCCACCAGGGAGUAUUUUUUGGAGCAGAUCUAUGUGUCUCCGCUCCUCAGCAAGGAAUACAAGGAACUGGACAGCAGAAGGAAGAAACAAUUGUUAAGGGAUCUGUCAGGAUUACAAGGAAUGAAUGGCAACAUUCAAGCCAAGCCUGUCCAAAUCUUACCUUCCCAUGAGCUUGUUGGUACCAGAAUUGCUGAGCAUCUGAACAGUAGCCAAGGUUUGGCCAGAAUGCUGGCCGACUUCCGAGCCAGAGGAGGAAGGAUUAUGCAGAAAAAUGCAGACCCAUUUGCACAGUGUAAAGAGACCUCUGUGAAAAUUGGAGCCAGGAGUGAAGAUGACGAGAGGGGAGUUAUUCAAAAUGAAUCUCUAUGGUCUCGUAAAGUGGACUGCCUUAGCCCUGCAAACCAUCAGAGGCUCAGUGUUUUGUUCAGCAGCUCUUCAGCCCAAUCCAGCAAUGCUCCAAGUGCCUGCGUUAGCCCAUGGAUGGUGGUAAUGGAGUUCUAUGGGAAGAAUGACCUCACUUUGGGUGUGUUCCUAGAAAGAUAUUGUUUCAGGCCUUCCUACCAGUGCCCCAGCAUGUUCUGUGAAACGCCCAUGGUACACCACAUCCGCCGCUUUGUUCAUGGGCAAGGCUGUGUACAGAUCAUACUGAAGGAACUGGACUCCCCAGUGCCUGGCUAUCAGCACACGAUCCUUACUUACUCCUGGUGUAGAAUGUGCAAGCAGGUAACGCCAGUUGUCCCACUUUCCAAUGACUCGUGGUCUAUGUCAUUUGCCAAAUACCUUGAACUCCGUUUCUAUGGGCACCAGUACACCCGAAGAGCCAAUGCGGAGCCAUGUGGUCACUCUAUACAUCAUGACUACCACCAGUAUUUUUCCUAUAAUCAGAUGGUGGCAUCAUUUAGCUAUUCUCCAAUACGGUUGCUUGAGGUAUGUGUCCCUCAUCCCAAGAUCUACAUAAAACGGCAGGUUCCACUGAAGGUUACCAUUCUUCAGGAUCUGAAGGAUUUUUCUCAAAAAGUAUCGCAGGUAUAUAUUGCUGUUGAUGAACGCCUCACGUCUCUGAAAACGGAUACCUUUAGCAAAUCAAGGGAGGAGAAGAUGGAGGAUCUUUUUGCACAAAAGGAGAUGGAGGAAGUAGAGUUCCGGAACUGGAUAGAGAAAAUUCAAGCCAGGAUGCUUUCCUCAUCGCUUGACACCCCUCAGCAGCUGCAAUCAGUCUCUGAAUCUCUGAUAGCCAAAAAGCAAAGUCUCUGUGAGAUGCUACAAGCGUGGAAUAACAGGUUACAAGAUCUCUUUCAACAAGAGAAAGGGAGGAAACGUCCUUCGGUCCCACCCAGCCCUGGGAGACUGAGGCAAGGUGAAGAGAGCAAGAUCAGCUCAAUGGAUGCAUCUCCCCGCAAUGUUUCUCCAGCACAACAGAAUGGCGAGAAAGAGGAUCGUUUCCUGACAACGUUGUCAAGCCAGAGCUCCACAAGCUCCUCUCUCCUCCAGCUGCCUACACCUCCUGAAGUUGUGUCAGACCAGCUGACUGGGGGCACCUCCUUUGCCAACGCACUCUCCGAACCAGACACAGCUAGCAGCUCAGAAGAUGUGUUUGAUGGGCACUUGCUGGGGUCCACAGAUAGCCAGGUGAAAGAGAAAUCUACCAUGAAGGCCAUUCUAGCAAAUCUGUUACCUGGAAACAGCUACAAUCCCAUCCCGGCCCCGUUUGAGCCUGACAAGCACUACUUAAUGUAUGAGCAUGAACGCGUUCCUAUUGCCGUCUGUGAAAAGGAACCAAGCUCCAUCAUAGCCUUUGCUCUCAGCUGCAAGGAAUACAGAAACGCCUUAGAUGAAUUAGCUAAAGUCUCUCUGAAGAGCAGUGCUGAAGAAGGACUUCAGACCAACAGUGUGGCUGAGAUCAGAGCGAAGAACAGCAGCCCCGUUCGACUACCCGAGGCGAAUGUGGGGCAGUCAAACCAAGUGGCAGAGGCAGAACAGCCAAAAAAGCCAUAUGGAGUUCUGUCCUUCUUCCGUGGUACGGGCGGAAGGAGCCCUGAUCUCUCUUCUCAGAAAAAGGAGACCUUGCGUGGAGCAGACAGUGCCUACUACCAGGUUGGGCAGACGGGCAAAGAAGGGGCGGAGAACCAAGGAGCAGAGGCUCAAGAUGAAGGAGACGGCAGUGAUGCCCAAAAGAAACAGCUCGCAAAUCCACACAUUGAACUUCAAUUCUCUGAUGCUAAUGCCAAGUUCUACUGCCGGAUUUAUUAUGCCGGAGAGUUCCAUAAGAUGCGUGAAGUGAUACUUGGAAGCAGUGAAGAGGAUUUUAUCCGUUCCCUGUCUCACUCAUUGCCCUGGCAAGCACGAGGAGGCAAAUCAGGAGCUGCUUUUUACGUGACUGAAGAUGAUCGAUUCAUCUUGAAGCAGAUGCCCCGCCUAGAAGUCCAGUCCUUCCUAGACUUUGCCCCACACUACUUCAUAUACAUUACUAAUGCUGUUCAGCAGAAGAAGCCAACGGCUUUGGCCAAGAUUCUUGGAGUGUAUCGAAUUGGUUACAAGAAUUCUCAAAACAACACUGAGAAGAAGCUUGAUCUACUGGUCAUGGAAAAUCUCUUCUAUGGCCGAAAGAUGGCUCAGGUGUUUGAUCUGAAAGGUUCUUUGCGGAAUAGAAAUGUGAAAACAGACACCGGGAAAGAGAGCUGUGAUGUGGUCCUGCUGGAUGAAAACCUCUUGAAGCUGGUGCGGGACAAUCCCUUGUACAUCCGUUCUCACUCCAAGGCUGUACUGAAGCUUUCUAUCCACAGCGACUCUCAUUUUCUUUCCAGUCAUCUCAUCAUUGACUAUUCUCUUCUGGUGGGCCGGGAUGAUACUACCGAUGAACUUGUAGUUGGGAUUAUUGACUACAUCCGCACAUUUACUUGGGACAAGAAACUUGAAAUGGUGGUUAAGUCAACAGGCAUUUUAGGAGGACAAGGUAAAAUGCCCACUGUAGUAUCUCCAGAAUUGUACCGGACCAGGUUUUGUGAAGCAAUGGACAAGUAUUUUUUGAUGGUGCCAGAUCACUGGACAGGACUGAGCCUGCAAUGCUAAGCUACAGCACCUCUUGGGUGAUACGGUGGAACUCCUUUUUGUUUUGAGAAGGGCACACGGUCAUGCUGUCCUUCCCCGCCCCCCACCCUUCCUCCCCUCAGUCUCUUCAACAGCAGCUAAAGGAUCUUCAGCCACCACUGGCACAAAUUGUGUGUGUCUGCAGGGUGAAGUCUGCACUUUAAAUUUUGAUGCAAGAACAUUCAUGGAAGAGGUUGGAGGAUACUGCUCAUUGCAAUUCAGGAUCAGAGCUGGAUUGUAUUUCACAAGGACACAGAUUGUACUUCCAAAUAAAAGAGCCUUGCACUAG